AUGCAGGCGCGCUAUUCCGUCUCCAGCCCCAACUCUUUAGGGGUCGUGCCAUACAUCGGCGGUGAUCCCAGCUAUUACCGAGCGGCCGCAGCUGGAGGAGGCUACACUGGAAUGCCCGCUGCCAUGAACAUGUACUCCCACGCCGCUCACGACCAAUACGCGGGUGGCAUGGCCCGCGCGUAUGGACCGUACACCCCUCAGCCUCAGCCUAAGGACAUGGUGAAGCCCCCUUACAGCUACAUCGCUCUCAUCACUAUGGCCAUUCAGAAUUCUCCGGACAAGAAGGUGACACUCAACGGAAUUUAUCAGUUCAUCAUGGAGAGGUUCCCGUUUUAUCGCGAUAACAAGCAGGGCUGGCAAAACAGCAUCAGACACAACCUGUCGCUGAAUGAGUGCUUCGUCAAAGUCCCGAGAGAUGACAAGAAACCCGGUAAGGGCAGCUACUGGACGCUAGACCCGGACUCGUACAAUAUGUUUGAGAACGGCAGCUUUUUGAGAAGAAGACGUCGCUUUAAGAAGAAGGACGCGAUGAAGGAGAAAGAGGAGCGCUUGCAGAAGGAGGUACCGACCCCAACAGCGAGGCAGUCCCAGCAGCAGUCCCAGCAACAGCAAGGCCGAGACCAGGAGCAGCCAGUGCGCAUUCAGGACAUCAAAACUGAAAACGGAGCCAUGACGCCUCCUCAGGCCGAAUCUCCCUCGCUUAACCCGUUGCCGAAAAUCGAAAGCCCAGAUAGCAGCAGCAGCAUGUCAAGCGGCAGCCCACACAGCAUGCAAUCCACCCGCUCCAUUGGCAUAGACACACCAGAGCACCAUGCGCACCCAAGCCAGCAGCAGCAGCAGCAGCAGCAGCAGCAACAGCAGCAGCAGCACCCUCACGUCCAGGCCUCUACGCAGGGAUUCAGCGUGGACAACAUCAUGACGUCUCUGCGCGGGUCUCCCCACGCACAGUCGGACUUGGUGGCCUCCAGAACGCCGUCGCUGUCUUUGAACUAUUCCCCCACGCAGACGUCCGUGUACGGCUCCCAGUGCAGCCAGAACUCCACUACCUCCAACGCCACGUACCAUUGCAACAUGCAGGCGAUGAGUCUAUACGCGGGGGAUCGGUCGGGGCAUUUGGCAACGGGAGCAGUGGACGAGACGUUGCCAGAUUACGCAGUCACGACCUCCACGGGGUCUCUGUCGCACGGUAAUUUGAACGCGGCGAACGAGGGCCAGCAUCAUCACCAGGGGAGGUUGGCGUCUUGGUACCUGAAUCAAGCGGGAGAUCUGGGGCACCUGGGCGCGGCGUAUCCAUCCCAGCAGCAGAACUUUCACUCGGUUAGAGAAAUGUUUGAGUCACAAAGGAUUGGUUUGAAUAACUCGCCGGUGAACGGGAAUAACAGCUGUCAGAUGUCGUUCCCACCGAGUCAGUCCAUCUAUAGGGCGUCUGGGGCGUUUGUGUACGACUGUAGCAAGUUCUGA